AUGGCCAGCGCCUCAGAUGCUGCUGUGCGAGGCGGCGAGAUCUUCUUCGCGUCGCACAACCCAGCCGCCACCACCACCAUCGUCCUCCUCCACGCCCUGUUCGCCAGCCAUCGCGAAUGGGACCACGUCGUCCCGCACCUCUCAGACUACCAUCUCAUCGUCCCAGACCUCCCGCAGCACUCCCGCUCUCGCCGCACCGGCCCGUUCACGCUCCAGCUGGCCGCCGCGGAGGUCGCCAAGCUCAUCAGGAACCACGCCCGCGGCGGCGUCGCGAACGUCGUGGGCGUCUCCCUCGGCGGCUUUGUCGCCCUCGAGCUCAUCCGCCGGCACCCGGAGACAGUCGCGUCCGCGUUCGUCUCCGGCUCGUCGCCCUUCACGGACCAGCAGCUCUGGAUCGCCCAGCGGCCGAUGCUCGUCCACUGGGGGCUCUGGGUCGUCAUGGGCAGCGGCAUCUACCGGCUGCAGGCCUGGCUCGCCGGGCUCGUGGAGCACGGCGACCUGCAGGCGGAGAUGAGGGCCAACAACAGCUACGAGCUCGCCAACUCGGCCUUCUUCGAGAUGAGCACCUGGCAGUCGGACGCCGCCAGGGCGGUCGCGAAGCAGGACAGGCGCGUCCUGGUGGCUGCUGGUGAGAAUGGCGAUCCGAGGGACAAGGCGAGGGAGCUGGCUCACACCUUGCAGGAGGGUGGCCGCGGUGAGGGCAAGCAGACUCGAGUGUACCUUGUCAAGGAUGCCAUCCACACAUGGGAUCUCCAAUUCCCGGAGCUCUUUGGGACAGCCAUCAAGGCUUGGAUCGGCAAGCAGCCACUCCCGGCUGAAUUCAAGGGGCUGUGA